CUUCACGCAGAACGUUCGGCUUUGUGACGUCACAGAAGCUGCGAACACAACGUUCUACUGGGUCCAUGGUUACAUUAGCGCAAGACUCAGGUAAUCAUUGACUUCUAAGUGCUAAAAAAAUGAGUCACCUCAGGGCCUUCACUGCCAAAUUAAAGCCAUAUGGUAUUUCUUUGCUGGCGAUGAAAGCUACAGCCCCAAGGCCUACACUACCGAGAUGUUGCAUACAUUCUUCUGGGAGCAAAGAGCCAAUCUUAAGUGGUACCAAUUCUAGUUACGUGGAAGAAAUGUAUUAUGCAUGGCUGGAGAAUCCAAAAAGUGUCCACAAGUCCUGGGAUGUUUUUUUCCGUAAUACCGAUGCAGAGGCUGCUCUCGGUGAUGUACAUCAUAUGCCAAGUUUGGUUGACGGAGACAAUAAAGCACCAUUGAUUCGCAGCCAAGGUCUUGCUAUGGCUCCAGCCAAAGCAGAGAAGAUCGUGGCAGACCAUCUGGCCGUGCAGUCUUUGAUCAGAGCAUACCAGAUCCGAGGGCAUCAUGUGGCUCAGUUGGACCCCUUGGGAAUCCUGGAUGCAGACUUGGACUCAUUUGUCCCAUCUGACCUAAUCACCACAAUUGAUAAACUGGGGUUCUAUGACUUGCAUGAGGCCGAUCUGGACAAGGUUUUUCGUUUGCCUACAACCACUUACAUUGGAGGGAAGGAUUCGUCCCUGUCUUUGCGAGAGAUCAUCAGAAGAUUGGAGAAUUCGUAUUGUCAGCACAUUGGACUGGAGUUCAUGUUUAUCAAUGAUGUUGAUCAGUGUCAGUGGAUCAGGCAAAAAUUCGAGACUCCAGGUAUCAUGAAGUUCACGAAUGAAGAGAAACGAAAUCUACUAGCAAGAUUAGUACGUUCUACCAGGUUCGAGGACUUCCUAGCACGCAAAUGGUCUUCAGAAAAGAGGUUUGGUUUGGAAGGGUGUGAAGUGAUGAUCCCAGCUUUAAAGGCAAUAAUCGAUAAAUCCAGUGACAUGGGGUUGGAGUAUGUGAUAUUGGGCAUGCCCCACAGAGGCAGGCUGAACGUGCUGGCCAAUGUUAUACGUAAAGAUUUAGAACAGAUAUUUUGUCAGUUUGACCCCAAGCUGGAAGCCUCGGAUGAGGGAUCUGGAGACGUGAAAUACCACUUGGGAAUGUACCACGAGCGCAUUAAUCGUACCACUAAUAAGAAAAUCACAUUGUCGCUGGUUGCCAAUCCUUCACACCUAGAGGCUGUUGACCCUGUGGUUCAGGGGAAAACCAAAGCUGAACAGUUCUAUCGAGGGGAUAAUGAAGGGAAAAAAGUUAUGUCCAUAUUGGUUCAUGGGGAUGCUGCAUUUGCUGGACAAGGUGUUGUGUAUGAGACUUUCCACCUCAGUGACCUUCCCUCCUACACCACCAAUGGUACCAUCCAUGUUGUUGUGAAUAAUCAGAUUGGUUUCACUACAGAUCCGCGGAUGGCUCGGUCUUCCCCAUACCCUACCGAUGUUGCUCGUGUUGUCAAUGCUCCUAUAUUCCAUGUGAACGCAGAUGAUCCUGAAGCUGUUAUGUAUGUUUGCAGUGUGGCAGCCGAGUGGAGGAACACCUUUAAUAAGGACGUAGUAGUGGAUUUGGUCUGUUACCGUCGCAGUGGACACAAUGAAAUGGACGAGCCAAUGUUCACACAGCCACUCAUGUACAAACAGAUCCACAAGCAGGUUCCUGUUUUGAAGAAGUAUGCCGACAAGCUGAUUGCCGAGGGAAUUGUUUCCCUUCAGGAGUUUGAGGAAGAAAUUGCCCAGUAUGAUAAAAUCUGUGAAGAAGCCUAUACUGAAUCGAAAGAUAAAAAAAUUCUCAAUAUAAAGCACUGGCUGGAUUCCCCAUGGCCAGGUUUUUUCACUUUGGAUGGGGAACCCAAAAGUAUGACCUGCCCCCCAACUGGGAUUCCAGAAGAUAUGCUUUCUCACAUUGGCGCUGUAGCCAGUACAGUACCUGUUAGUGAUUUUAAAAUUCAUGGAGGUCUUUCUAGGAUUUUAAAAAGCAGGAUGGAAAUGACAAAGAACCGCAUUGUCGACUGGGCAUUGGCUGAGUAUAUGGCAUUUGGCUCUCUACUAAAGGACGGAAUUCAUGUCCGGUUAAGUGGGCAGGAUGUGGAAAGGGGGACUUUUAGUCAUCGGCACCAUGUCUUGCAUGAUCAGGAUGUAGACCGCCAUACUUGUGUACCAAUGAACCAUCUUUGGCCAAAUCAGGCUCCGUACACUGUGUGUAACAGUUCCCUAUCUGAAUAUGGUGUAUUAGGAUUUGAACUUGGUUUUGCCAUGGCGAGUCCCAAUGCGUUGGUAUUGUGGGAAGCUCAGUUUGGGGAUUUCCAUAACACGGCCCAAUGUAUUAUCGACCAGUUUAUGAGCUCAGGACAGGCUAAGUGGGUCCGACACAAUGGGAUCGUAUUACUGCUGCCACAUGGAAUGGAAGGAAUGGGACCUGAACAUUCUUCAGCAAGACCUGAACGCUUCCUGCAAAUGAGCAAUGACGACUCCGAUGCUUAUCCAGAAUUCACACAGGAUUACGAGGUGUGCCAGCUUUUUGAAUGCAAUUGGAUCGUGGUAAACUGCUCCACUCCAGCAACUUACUUCCAUGUUCUUCGUAGACAAAUUCUAUUGCCGUUCCGCAAACCACUGAUCAUCUUUACUCCAAAAUCAUUGUUGAGGCACCCAGAGGCCAAAUCUAGUUUUGACGACAUGAAAACAGGUACAAACUUUCAACGCAUGAUUCCUGAAAAUGGACCUGCUUCUCAGAAUCCCCAGGAGGUUAAACGUGUAAUUUUCUGCACCGGGAAAGUCUAUUAUGAGCUCAUCAAAGAGAGACACAGUAAAGAUUUGGACAAUCACGUAGCUAUUACCAGACUAGAACAGAUAUCUCCAUUUCCUUUCGAUCUGGUUAAGGCUGAGAUUGAGAAGUAUUCCAAAGCAGAAUUGAUCUGGUGUCAAGAGGAACAUAAAAAUAUGGGAUAUUAUGACUAUAUAAAACCUCGUUUUCUCACCAUUGUAAAGCAUUCAAGGCCUAUCUGGUAUGUUGGUCGAGACCCAGCAGCGGCUCCUGCAACGGGAAAUAAGAAUACUCACCUUGUAGAGCUAAGAAGGUUUUUAGACACCGCCUUCUGCUUGCAAUCUUUUCAGGGAAAGACUUUCUAAUGCUAACACGAGUUACAUAAAUAAUAUGCAGUAUAAUGUAGCAUUGCAUUAAGGGUAUAUGAAUUACCCGGAAAUAAAUCAUUGUGUAUAUUGAUUGUAUUCUGAUUGCAGGCAAUGCAUUCUACAAUUUGCAAUUAACCAUCUCACUUCCUACGAUGGAUAGACGUACGUUGCAUUCCUGUGUCUCAUUCUUGUUAUUUAAACUAGCUUUACGUUUUUUUUUUUAUCGUAGCCGAAAUUACAUGCAAAUGUGGUAGUUUAAAGAGUUACUCAAGCUCUCAUCAAUCAAUAAACAGAAUUUCUCAACAACCA